UAAGAAUAUGGGAGUUAGUUAGCUGAUGCUAAAUCCAUCGCUUUUCAAUUACAAUCGCUUCGAAAUUGUACAUGUGUGUGCAUUCGUGUUCAUGCGUGUAUUAAUUCGCAAUAUCGCGUGUGGAGCGUGCAAAAAUUAAACAUCAGAAACAAAUCCGCGAAAGAUAUGACACCAACCCAGGAAGCUAGAUCAAAUCCACUGGCGACACAACGGCUACUAUUUGGAUAAUAACCUCGGUCCAUUGCUCGUACCAGAUCUGGCCUAGACGUUGUUAACUAAUACUGUUGAAUCGCACGCUAGGCGAGAUGUGGACUUACAUUGCCCUCUUAGUCGUUAUCUACGUUCUAUACGCGGUGUGGGAUUAUAUCAGGAUUUUGAGAUUCAUCUUCACCCUCGACGGACCAAGGGCCGUGCCCAUAUUCGGCAACGUGGGCUUAAUUUUCGGGGGAAACCUGAUGCAGAAGUUGGAGAACGACAUGUUGAAUUACGGCCGUAUAUUCCGGAUAUGGCUGACGUGCUUACCUUAUGUCAUGCUCGUGCAGCCGGAUGACAUUCAGAUGGUGCUCAGCAGCAUGAAGCACACGCGUAAGAUAUGCUUCUACAAGCUGCUCCACAAUUUCAUCGGCAAGGGUCUCAUCUCGCUGGAGGUCAACAAGUGGAAGUUGCAUCGGAAAAUCCUGCAGCCGGCGUUUCAUCUUCACGUGCUCGAGAGAUUCGUGGGAACAUUCGGAGAGCACGCUAAUCGUCUAGCCGACAAACUGCUCGAGCAGAACGCGGAGGACGUGAAUCUCACAACAUUCAUUAACAACUGCGGCUACGAGAUACUGACUGAGACCGUACUGGGUAUACCAAUAAGUCGAGGACACAGCAACGAGUUAGAUAAUGCGCCGUUUAGAAAAGGCAAAGUUAUGGUACCGUACAGAUUCACACGGCCAUGGCUGCUGAUCGACUGGAUCUACCGAUUGACGACGGCCGGAAAGUCGGAGGAGCGGCAACAGAAGGAUCUCUUCGAUUACUGUUUUAAAAAGAUGAAGGAGAAGCGGGAGUUUCUCCAAAAGAACGGUUCUUCUUUGACCGAUGACGAGACGAAUGCGGCGACCACCAGGAAGAUAUCCUUGCUCGAGUACAUGGUUGAGAUGAACAACAAGAAUCCUCACUUCAUCGAGCAGGAUAUCAUCGAGGAGUGUUGCACCUUUAUGUUAGCGGGUAUGGAGUCGGUCAGCACUAGCACCACAUUGACGCUCUUUCUACUGGCUGCCAACCCCAAGUGGCAAGAGAGAUGCAUCGCCGAGUUGGAUGAGAUCUUCGGGAACGACAGGAGGUCGCCUACUAUGCAGGAUCUGAAGGAAAUGAAGUGCUUGGAGAUGUGCAUCAAGGAGUCGUUGAGGAUGUAUCCCAGUGUGCCGCUUUUCGCCAGGAUAUUGGGUGAAGACGUGAGAAUAGGGAAGCAAGUGAUACCGGCCGGUUGCGGCGUAUUUAUAGUACCGUAUACCACGCAUCACUUGCCUGAUCAUUUUCCUGAUCCUGAUCACUUCAAGCCGGAACGUUUCAGUCCUGAGAACUCGAAAGGGAGACACUCUUACGCCUACCUGCCAUUCAGCGCCGGACCUCGGAACUGCAUUGGACAUAGAUUUGCCAUGCUCGAGAUAAAAACGAUGAUUAGCGCUGUACUGAGGAAGUGUCGACUGGAUACGAUACGCGAUAAGGACAAAGUGAUAAUUAAGUUUCGAAUGACAAUUAGAGCACAGGGCGGAGUUUGGGUUAAAGUGAGAGCUCGCGACAAACUUGUCGAAUCGCAGUCAUUAACUGAAUGAGCCCCUCUUGCGAUCUGUAAAUAACAGAUAGUGCUUAUACUAUAUAAUCGAAAAAGAUAAAAAGAGAAACUAGAUAAAAGUCGCCAUUUUUGCUCGAAAAAGGUACCUGUAAAGCAUAUUUUGUUAUUUGAGGUUGAAGUAAGAAGAAAACAAUAUUUAUUUAACUAGGAAACUACGGGAAAUAUUUUAGAAGCGAUAAUAAAUGUUUUUAAAACUUCUGUUAAAAUAUAGAUGUGUUUAAGCAUUUUAAUAAAAGAUCAAAAUUUUUAAACAAA